CACUGUUUAAUGAGGAAUGUAUCUUUAUUAUUUUUCUAAUUAUACGACGCUGUUAAAUAUUUUUUGAAAUGGAUUACCCAGAUGAAUUACCGUUUACCGACAUAUUGACUUUUAUAACGGAUGAUUUGCUACAAGCAUACCGAAGCAGCUGUGGGGAAAGGGAAAAAGUUAGAACGCUGAUGGAUUUUCUUGAGAGGUGGAAUGACGACAUCUCCAUUGCAAAACUGAUGUCGGUCAAUGUUCAGUUUGAAUCUGAUUUAGAUUGGUUUAAUGUAAGUCGGCCGUUAACAUCGGAGGACUUGCAAGGAAAAUUGAUUGUUCUGGACUUUUUCACCUAUUGUUGCAUUAAUUGCAUGCAUGUAUUGCCGGAACUUCACUGUCUGGAAGAACAAUUUCCCAUAGAAAAUGGUCUAUUAAUAAUUGGUGUUCACAGUGCAAAGUUCGAAAAUGAAAGGCUUACUUCAAACAUUCAGGCUGCUGUGCAACGAUAUGGGAUCACACACCCUAUUGUUAACGAUUCACGAUGCGCCAUGUGGCACACUCUCGGCAUCCGUUGUUGGCCUUCUUUGUUGGUUUUAAGCCCGACUGGUAAACCCAUCUUGUUACUUAUGGGCGAAGGUCAUGGGAAAUUUCUAAAAGAUUUUACUGGUGUUGCGUUAUCAUUUUUCAGUCGGCAGGGCACAAUUGACUACAGCAGUUUACCAAUUCAGAUAACCAGCAACUGUCAGCCAGCAUCUAACUUACGUUUUCCUGCUAAGAUUGCUCGAAGCCCACAGGGUCGUUAUGCUAUUGCAGAUACUGGGAACAAUAGAGUUCUUAUUGUCACUAAUAACGGGUUGGUACAGCAUAAGAUAGGUGGACAUCAGGCUGGUUUUGUGGACGGUAUUUUAACGGUUGCUAGGUUUAAUAACCCUCAAGGCUUGGCAUUUAGUGAUGAAAAUACUCUGAUUGUUGCCGACACCAAAAAUCACGCCGUUCGUAAGAUAUCAUUGACAAGUGAAACAGUGGAAACUCUUGCUGGUACAGGCCUUCAAGGAAACGAACGAACCGGAGGACGAUUAGGUUUAUUACAACCAUUAUCAUCGCCUUGGGAUGUUGCUAUAUUUCGUACUCGGGAUAUGGAUAUGUCUUUUCACCUCGAUGAGCGCAAUGUGCCUGAAAAAACUAUUGUCCUUAUUUCUAUGGCUGGAACUCACCAGAUUUGGGGAUAUUUUCCAGAAGGAAUUAUAUGGUGGAAAUUUCGAAAGUUUGACCCUCUCUGUUGUGUAUCUUUGAUUGGAAACGGUUUGGAAGAGAAUCGUAAUAAUUCUUACCCACAAAACGCUGCAUUCGCGCAGCCGUCUGGCCUAGCCAUGGCAAAUGACGUUUUAUUUAUAGCGGACAGUGAAAGCUCUAGCAUACGUAAAGCUUCUAUGAUUGAUGGAAAAGUUAUGCCUGUCGUUGGAGGGGAUCGCAACCCACUUAACUUGUUUGCAUUUGGCGACGUGGACGGUAAACUGUUUAAUGCAAAACUACAACAUCCUUUAGGAUUAACAUACAAUGAUGCUGAUAACAAACUUUAUGUGGCUGACACUUAUAACCACAAAAUCAAAGUUGUCGACACCGAUUCAAACAGUAUUUCCACUUUACAAAUCAAAGGUCAAGAAGAUACCAAGCUAAAUUUGAAUGAGCCGGCAGGACUGUGCUUAGACGUAGACGGAAAAAACUUGUUAGUGUCUGAUACUAAUAACCAUUCUAUACAUAUUAUAAAUUUAGAGACGAUGAGAGCUCAACCAUUUACUUUAAAUUUUAGCCAGGCUUCGUUUACUAGUGAAACUGAUGCACCACUACAUGUUUUAAAAAAUCUUGAAAAUCAAGCGAUUCAAAAGAUUUUGCCCUUACAUUUAACUAAAACAAACACAAUUUAUUUUCACCUUAGACUUCCCCCCGGACUAAAUUUUACAAAUGAAGCUCCUCAAAAAUGGAUACUUAAAAAGAUAGACCAAUCAGUCAAUUUAAACCCAUCAUCCGGGAGACUUAUAAAUGGCAUGUGUUACUUGCAGGUACAGAUUUCGCACUACGACUACGGGUGUGAAAAUGGUGUUUUUAUGAUUGAAUUCUUAUUAAAUUUAUGUGACUCAAUUUUAUGCUUUAUGAAGCGAUUUUCGGUUUCUAUAAAAUUUAAUAAAAGUAGUGGGGAACAAAGACCUAUCCAUGAUGUUAGCAUUCAAAUCGGCAACUCCGUGAUAAGUUUAUGAUCGUAAGAAUGUUGUUUAAUUAUAAUAAUAAUGCUCAAUGUUGUUGAAUAAUAAUCGAGUCUUUUCCGACCUUUAAA